AUGGCAUCAAGCUCUUGUCUUAAGCAAGGGUCAGUGCCAAUGAACAACAUUUGCAUCACCCCUGAAGCAACGUAUGAGGCUGUGGUGGCAGAUGCUAAGCUUUUCAUGUCUUCCUUGGAAAGGCUACACUCUCUCUUGGGUACUAAAUUCAUGGUUCCUAUCAUAGGAGGGAGAGACUUGGACUUGCACAAGCUUUUCGUUGAAGUAACUUCUCGAGGUGGGAUCAACAAGAUACUUCAUGAGAGGAGAUGGAAAGAAGUAACAGCUACAUUUGUUUUUCCUCCAACAGCAACAAAUGCAUCUUAUGUCCUGCGCAAGUACUACUUCUCGCUGCUUAGCAAUUACGAGCAAAUCUAUUUCUUCAAAUCAAAUGGCCAGAUUCCCCCAGACUCUCUGCAGAGCCAAUCCACUGGACAGGGCCUUAUGCAGGGUACCAUAAGACCCUCACAAGAACUUCAAGCUUUAACCUUUCAACCACAACCAAAGAUCGAUUCUGGAGAAUUCCCUGGAGGAUCUUUAACUGGUUCAAAUGUGGUUGGAGUGAUAGAUGGGAAAUUUGAAAACGGUUACCUUGUAACUGUAACAAUGGGAUCAGAGCAGCUUAAAGGAGUUCUGUAUCAGCUUCUUCCUGCAGAGAACACAGUUGCUCAUCAAACUCCGCAACAGAGUCAUGGUGUUUUCCACAACACUUGGAACAACAAUGGCAAUCCUCAGGGGAUUGUUGGAGGAGUAACAAAACGGCGCAGAAGAAGGAAGAAGUCAGAGAUCAAAAGACGCGAUCCUGCUCAUCCCAAACCCAACCGAAGUGGUUAUAACUUCUUCUUUGCCGAGCAGCACGCGAGGCUCAAACCGCUUCAUCCCGGUAAGGACAGAGAGAUCAGCCGGAUGAUUGGUGAACUCUGGAACAAGCUCAACGAACAAAAGAAAACGGUUUACCAAGGGAAGGCAAUGGAGGACAAAGAGCGAUAUCGAACUGAAAUGGAAGAUUACAGAGAGAAGCUUAGGACAGGACAGCUCAUAAGCAACGCUGUUCCGCUGCAACAGAGGCUGCCAGAGCAAAACGUAGACAUGGUUGAAGCUGAACUUCCGAUAGAGGAAGCUGAAGAAGAAGACGAAGAAGGCGACUCAAGCGGUUUAUCAGGCGAAAGCGAGCCACAUGAUGAUCUGAACGGGGAAUCUGAUCCGGAGUUGGAAGAGCAUUCUCUCAAUCCUUCAGGUCUCAACCUAAAUCCGAAUCCGGCUGAGACGACAGUGGUGGUGGUUCCUGCGGAGAAAAUCGGCGAUGUGGUGAUGGAAACACCUCAGGUGAAGAAAGCGGAAGAGACGACCGUGGUGGUGGCUGCUGAGCAGAACUGA